AUGCUCGGUGUGCCCUGGAACAGGGACCUGAACUCGGGCUCGAUGCGUGGGUUCGCAUUGCAUCCGUAUACGGUUGAUGCGAGCCGGGUGAGGAGUGAUGCCGCGGCGGCGUAUUAUCGGGCCUUUGCAGGGAGGGAGAAUCUGCACGUUUGGAUCAAUGCCUCUGUCACCAGGAUUCUGUGGAAACAGCCUGCUAGACCCCUUGUGGCGGGCGGGGUCGACGUUCUCCAUCAUGGUGACCGAGCCUCUGGGCCUGCCCGGGUGCGUGCGCGUCGUGAAGUGAUUCUCGCUGCUGGGGCGAUGCGCUCGUCUGGUCUGCUCGAGUUGUCUGGGGUUGGCAAUCCACGCAUCCUCAACCCCCACGGUAUCACCCCCCUGGUCUCCCUCCCUUCCGUCGGCGAAAGCCUCCAAGACCAGCUCAACACAUCCAUCGUCUUCACAACCAAGCCCCGAAUCACCGGAACCCGAGCCGUGGCGUUCGUCUCAGCAGCCGACCUCUUCGGCCCAUCCACCCAGUCCAUCGCGUCGGACCUCCAAGCCACACUUCCCUCCUACGCCGAAACGAUCGCGCAGAACUCAAACGGCGCACUGACUGCACAGUCUCUGCAGAUCCUCUUCGAAAGCCAGCACGACCUUAUCUUCAACCAGAACAUCCCAAUCGGCGAAUAUGUGUUCAUCCUCGAUAACCCCACGCAGGUGCACGUCGGAUACUGGGGUCUCCUCCCGUUCUCAUGGGGGAGCGUGCAUAUUGCGAGUUCGGAGCCGGGGGUGCCGCCUGCUCUAGAUCCGAAGUUCGGGCUGCUGGAUUGGGAUGUCAAGGUGCAGAUUGAGAUGUCGAGGUUUUUGAGGACGGUUCUGCGGACGGGAGAGGUGGGUGAGAUUUUCGCCGAGGAGGUUGUCCCUGGACUGGAGCGUGUUCCGGAUGAUGCGGGCGAUGAGGUUUGGAGAGACUGGAUUGCGGAGCAAUAUACACCGAACUACCACGCAGUUGGAAGUGCAUCCAUGCUCCCGGUCGAGUUGGGUGGCGUUGUGGACGACCGGUUCACCGUGGAUGGGACGAACAACGUUCGCGUCGUGGAUGCUUCGAUCUUCCCCAUCCAGUUCUGUGGGCAUCCCACGGCGAAUAUCUAUGCAUUUGCCGAGCUGGCUGCGGAUUUGAUCAAGGAGGAUGCAGCCGUGUUUGAGCGGGCGGAGGGAGAGCUAUAA